AGCAUCUUUAACGACAUGUGCCUCGCCCUCUCCAACACUGGCCUCGGCCCACCGCUCGACGACUCCGACGGCAUCUCUUCCGAGGCUGGCUGGCACAACACCAACCAGUUCGCCCUGGAAGUCAUCUUCCAUAAUCGGAUGAAGCAAUACGAGUGCCUGACCACCGACUCGUCCCGGGCCUCCGCCAUCUACGUUCCAUUCUACGCCGGCCUCGAAGUCUACCGCCACUUAUGGAACCGCAGCCUAUCGCUUCGGGACUCGGUAUCGCUGGACCUCGUCAGGUGGCUGAGGUCGAGGCCUGAGUGGGCAGCCAUGGGGGGAAAAGACCACUUUCUUGUGGUUGGAAGGGUCGACCGGGACCUCAAAAGGCGAAGCGAUGAACCGCGUGAUUGGGUCAACAAGUUCUUGCUCCUCCCGGAGGCCAGGAACAUGACGGUCCUGAUAAUCGAAUCCAGUCCCUGGAGGAGCAACGAGAUCGGGAUCCCCUAUCCAAGCUAUUUCCACCCUUCAAAAGCUAGCCAGGUCCUUGCAUGGCAAGAUAGGAUGAGGAAGGUGGAGAGGCCCUGGCUAUUCUCUUUCGCAGGUGCGCGGCGCCGGGGCCAGGCCACCGCGAUCCGCGACCGUGUCAUGGAUCAGUGCCGCCGGUCUCGCCGGUGCAACUUGCUGGAAUGCAGACUCGGCGCGACCGAGUGCCGCUCGACAAGCAGCGUCAUGAGGGCGUUCCGGAGCUCGGCGUUCUGCUUGCAGCCUCCAGGGGAUACAUUCACGAGGAGGUCCAUGUUCGACGCGAUGCUGGCCGGGUGCGUGCCGGUGCUCUUCCACCCGGGGUCGGCCUACGUGCAGUACUUGUGGCAUCUACCGGGGAACCACACCAGGUACUCGGUGUUCAUUCCGGCCGACGAGGUGAGGCAGGGGAAAACGAGCAUAGAGGAAGUCCAGAGUAGGUUCCGUGAAGAAGAUAUCAGGUCUAUGAGGGAGAAGGUUAUCAGGUUGAUUCCAAGGCUUCUAUACGGAUAUCCGAGGGGUGUGGAAAGUUUGAAGGAUGCGUUUGAUGUGGCUGUGGAGGGUGUGAUUGAGAGGAUUGGGCGGCUGAGGAGGGAGAUGAGGGAAGGAGUUCCAUCGCCAUUUCAAGGGUCCAAUGGCUGGAAGAUUGCUCUGGCGGGGAGAGAAGGCGAACAUCAGUGGGAUAAGCUCUUUCUUAAGCCCGAACUCUGGGCACUUCCAUAG